AUUUCUUUUUAUCAUGUCAGAACAACCUGAACUCACUUUUUUACCUGUUGCUCGUUAUCUAUCGUUAAAAGGAACAUAUAUAGAUGAAUUAGGUUCUCAGCCUGAGAACUUGGUUACAAAGAAACAUGUAGAGAACCGUUUAAGACGAGACGGUGAGAAAGACGGUUAUCAUAUUACAGUGGUAAACCACUUGGAGAUCGCGACACUUUCUCUUGAUCAAGAACAAGAGAAAGACGCUAGUAGCAAUAACAAGAAAAAGACACAACGAAAAACUUUAUACAGAAAACACCAACAAGUCUUGGAUCAGUGUGGACUAACUACUUGUUGGGAAAAACCAGUUGAUCUCGGUUUAGGCAUUUGCCGGGAUGGUUCUGCUGUUAGCUAUUUCAGAGUGAUUCAUUGGCCUUUUGGGCAGGAAUUGCGCAGGAAAUUGGGACUUGGUUUUACGAACUUCCAUAUCACUGUAGGUUUCCAUCCAAAUGAUGUGCAUCUCUACAAAGGUCCAGCCAGUUUGGUUUGCUUGCAAGAAAACCGUCCACUGUCUCGAAGAAUGGCCAAAAAAUUAAUUAGCUAUGUGCCAUUCUAUUUUCAUGAUAAGCUCUUCUUAAAACGUCUUUAUUAUGCGUGUUGGUCUCAUGCUUAUUAUGCUGAAUUAGCUACAUUAUCUGGACUAUGUGUGACAUCUUUUCUUUCUUUACUUUUCUCUAAGAUAUUCAGAUACCAACAAAAACCAAAAUCACAAUAGACGAAGCAAUAAAAUACAUGCAUUUGUCACAAAUAUAUAUAUAUAUAUAUAUAUAUGUAUUGUUGCUAUUGUUGGAGGAAAA